UACACGGUGUCUGGUGUCGUCCAAAAACUCACCGACGACCCUUUGGUGGUGCAGAGACUAAAGAACACGACACCCGAACCAUGUCGCAACCUGCAAGAGUUCCUACAGAAGGUUGAGCAAGCUGGAUACCACUUGACCGAGUUCGAGAUACUUCAUGCGGUGCUGGCAGCGAAUGUCUGCAACCUUCCACAUGAUCUGGACGUCAUCGUUCCAUGGCUUGUCUACGACAUUCUUCCUCGACUGCAGGCGUCUCAUGUUCAAUCUCAAGCCCUCGAAAACACGGUCGAUCUGAUGUCCAAAAGAUUUUCCGCGUUCAUCGAAGAUAUGUCAAAUGCCCUGCCCGAGUGUCACGCAAUGCUUUCCAUCCAUACGAACGCAGCGCGACUCAAUCGUCUAAGCAUGGCUUUGCAUAAGUGNCAAAAGGAGUUCGGCUGCAAAGACAACAACCAUGCGCCUGGCGGAGCUUCAACAUACACAAACGAGGAUGAUCGCUACACUGUGCUGACAAAGAGAAUUCAAGCACUGGAGAAGAUGGUCCAAGAGAACCGAGCCAAUAUCGAGUCUCACCAGCCCUUCGUGAUGGUAGAUGAAUCUGCAGAGAUCGCUUGCCAACAACGUAUGCGAACUGUCAUUCAGGAGCUUCCAUCGGGAUUUGCAGCCUUAUCUGACGCUUCGUCGUCUUCAACUUGCACCCUCACACCCGCUUCAACUGUGGUCAACGAACCAGUUGGUGGUAAUAGCAGCAUUGAACAUACCGAUGUUGUCCCAUCCGUUAUCUUGGAGCUACGCAUUGCUGUUUAUUCCGAUGUUGUCCAUGCCAAUUCCGAUGGGAUUACCCACCGGGGAUUCAAGCGCACGGUGCCUGUCAGGAUGCACUCAAACACUCCGUUCAAGUUCCUCAAGGACAAGCUCCACGAAAUAUACGGUGGAAAAGUGGUUGAGAGAUAUGGCAAAAUGGAUCUGCGUCAAGCACAUUCUNNCCCCCUCCAGUGCAUAUUCGACAGCGACACGCCUGUUUCUCUCGAAGUAACACAAGACGUGGAGUUGAUAUAUGCCACCAUCAACGGUGCAGUCCAGUGCAUCGAUUUAACGAUGCCGUAG